GGAGGAGCUUUUCCCUCUUCAUCACCAGCUCUCUGAGCUCCAGGUAGCUGGAGAAUCUUUGAGGUUCUGGAGUAAUAUCUGUGUGGUUCUGGUUCUGUUCUGGUCCGACCCGUUCUGCUUGGUGGGCCAUGCAGCGCUGCGCCUCCUCCCAGCCUCUUGUGGAGGAGAUCCAAGCUGAGGAAGAGGAGGAGGAGGAGGAAGAGCAGGAGGUGUUUCAGGAGACGGGAGGCGUUAACGAGGAGCAGGUCGGUCCGGUGGAGGAGGCGUCGGCCCGGGAACCCGAUGGCCGGUCGGCUCCUGUGGAGCAUAAGAACGGGAAGCGGGCCGAAGCCGGACCCAGCGUGGCGGACGGCGGUCCGAGGUUCUCCAUGUUCACCUGGCUGAUGGUCGUGGCUCUGCUGGGUGUCUGGAGCUCCGUGGCCGUCUUCUACUUUGACAUCGUGGACUACGACAGAGUCCUGGCGAGGGCGCAGGAGUUUCGUAUGAACUUUUCUGAAGUUCUGCAAGGGAAACUAGCCGCCUACGACACGGACGGAGACGGAGACUUCGACGUGGAGGACGCCAAAGUUCUGCUCGGCCUGACCAAAGAUGGCGGCCGUAGCGCCAACGCCGAGUCGCUCGAGGAGGUUCUGAACAUUUUAGCAGAGGAGGGCUCUGAUUGGAUCUAUGGCUUCUUCACCUUCCUUUAUGAUGUAGUUUCUCCCCCCGCACAGCGAGAUCAGAGGAGGUUCAGAGGAAGCUCUGAGCGGAUCAGAACAGAGGAGGAGAAGAAGAGAGGGAGGCGCAGAGGAGAGACUUCAGAGGAGGCUGAAACGAACCAAACCAAAGCUCAGACUUCGGGGCCUCUGGUCCGAGGCGUCAAGCUGCGCUCGGCUCUGAGGGAGGAGCUCAGGCUGGUCCACGAGAAGAUGGAGGCCAAGAGGAUCGCUCGCAUCGCACUGGCCGAGAUCCGGGCGCUCCUGGCUGAGGAGGAGCAGGAGAGGGAGGAAGCUUGGGCACAGAAGAUGAAGGACCUGGAAACAGCUCAGGAGCAACUGAGGGAAGAGAGGAGGAUAGAAGAGCAAAGGGUGGAGAGGGAAAGGGCGGAGAGGGAGAGACUGGAGAGAGAAAAGGUGGAGAAGGAAAGGGCGGAGAGGGAGAGACUGGAGAGAGAAAAGGUGGAGAAGGAAAGGGCGGAGAGGGAAAAGGUGGAGAAGGAAAAGGCGGAGAGGGAGAGACUGGAGAGAGAAAAGGUGGAGAAGGAAAGGGAAAAGGUGGAGAGGGAAAGGGUGGAGAAGGAAAGGGAAAAGGUGGAGAGGGAAAGGGUGGAGAAGGAAAGGGCAGAGAAGGCAGAGGUGGAGAAGGAGAGACUAGCAAGGGAAAGGGCGGAGAAGGAGAGACUAGCGAGGGAAAAACUGGAGAAGGAGAGACUAGCGAGAGAAAGGGCGGAGACGGAGAGACUAGCGAGGGAAAAACUGGACAAGGAGAGACUAGCGAGAGAAAAACUGGAGAAGGAGAGACUAGCGAGAGAAAGGGCGGAGAAGGAGAGACUAGCGAGAGAAAGGGCGGAGAAGGAGAGACUAGCGAGGGAAAAACUGGAGAAGGAGAGACUAGCGAGAGAAAGGGCGGAGACGGAGAGACUAGCGAGGGAAAAACUGGACAAGGAGAGACUAGCGAGAGAAAGGGCGGAGAAGGAGAGACUAGCGAGGGAAAAACUGGACAAGGAGAGACUAGCGAGAGAAAGGGCGGAGAAGGAGAGACUAGUGAGGGAAAAACUGGAGGAGGAGAGACUAGCGAGAGAAAGGGCGGAGAAGGAGAGACUAGCGAGGGAAAAACUGGAGAAGGAGAGACUAGCGAGAGAAAGGGUGGAGACGGAGAAACUAGCGAGGGAAAAACUGGAGGAGGAGAGACUAGCGAGAGAAAGGGUGGAGACGGAGAAACUAGCGAGGGAAAAACUGGAGGAGGAGAGACUAGCGAGGGAACAGGUGGAACGACAGAGGACAGAAAAAGAGAGGAGCGAGAGGGAACGCCUCAUCAAGGAGAGAGAAAGAUUAAGCCAAGAAAGAGCAGAAAAGGAAAGAUUAGAGAAGGAGAGACUCCAAAGAGAAAGGGUCACCAAGGAGAAAGCAGAGAAAGAAAGAAUAGAGAGGGAACAACUUAGUAAGGAGAGAGAGAGAAUCGCCAAACAGAAGGAGCAACUAGAAAAAGAAAAAAUUGUCAAAGACAAAUCUGAAAAAGAACAAUUGGACAAUGACAAGGCCGAAAAAGAAAGACUGGAGAGGAUUGCUAGAGAAAGGGAAAGAAUGGCCAAAGAAAAACCUGAAAAGGAAAAGAUAGACAGAGCAACUAAAGAGAAGGAAGAGAGAGAGAGGAUUGCUAGAGAAAGAGCUAGAUGGGCUCAGGAGAAGGAGAGAUCAGAGAAAGACCUGGCAGUGAGGAAGGAGAGGGAACAGAUGAUGAAGGAAAGAGAGAAGCAGGAGAGGGACAAGUUGGAGAAACAAAGGCUAUCCAGAGAGAAGGAACUGAUGGAGAGACAGCGGCUGGCUGGAGAGAAGGCCCUCCAGGAGAAGAUGGAGGCAGAGAGGUUGGCCAAGGAGAAGCAACUAAAUGCCACAAAGAACGACAUGAAGAGACGAGACCUUCCAGAGAGGAAGUACAAUGCUUCCCAAGCUUUAGCUCCAGCAGCCAUCAGGAGGGACAAGAUGGCUGCUGAUGGGACUAAAAACUGACUGAUGAAUGGACGAUGCUCCAACUCUAUAGUCCAGGGAAACGGAUGAACUCCUGGUUUAAAAAUCAGGUUUAUCUGGGUUGGGUUUGUUUGGACACAUGCAGGUGUUGUACCUGUUGGGAUAUUGGAGCCAAAUCCUGUUUGGUCUCUAUAGAUGGGCUGUAGGCCCAAAUAUACGAGCCGAGGGGUGACAGGUGGUAGGCAGGCAUUGAACCCAAAAGGACAUAAGUUUUUGACCGCUGUGGCUGAGUCUGUGUAAAUACUGUUGUGUGUACUAGGGAGUUAUUGGGUUUUGUGCAUUAAUUGUCUUGUCAGAGUUGAAUAAACUGGUGAACCUGAAAUGCAAGAAAACCCUUGGCACUGACUUUUACGUGCCACAAGAGGUACAAUGUUUGCCACCUAGUGCUUCUCAGCAAAGCAGCUAUGGAUCAACACUUCAGCAGUACAGUAUUACACUGGUUAGUACAAGGGAUGACACCAGUCCUCCUCUGUCUCAAACUUUUAGCAAGUUGAAUCAGAUACUUUUGUUUUGACAGAUAAGUGAAGAUUUCAACAUGUCAGUGGGCUGUCACUUUAGACAAGUCACCUGUUAUUGAACACCCAAUCAUGGACACGUAGUGCUAAAGGAAACUUGGAAUAAACAUAUUUCAGAGAACCUGGCAUACCGUGGGAGCCAGAGUACCUCCAGGUAUCUGGAGAGUACCCCCAGGUACUCUGGCUGCUACUGGCAGGAUCUCCAGUAGCAGUCAGUCUUGCUCCCCAUCCACAUGGAGACGUACAGAAAGGUCCCCAGGUCGGGAUUCAAGCCCAGUCAACCGUUCUACCAUCAGCCCCACUCUGGUGUUUGGUUUGUAUCAGCUGGUGCUCCAUGUAGAUACUCCUAGCCACUUUAUUUUUCUUCAUAGUUGCAUGUUUUGGGUGAUCAAUGGGGAUAAUCAUAAAAGUGAUCAUAACAAAUAUAAAAUUUUAUUAAAUUCUGGGUUUUUUUCCUAAAAACUUUACAGACCUUCCCAAAUUGCUGUUCUGAUCCCAGUUUGGGCCAAUUGAAGAAUGAAAGAUUUUGAUUUGUUAAUUACUAAAGAAAAUAAAAGUUGAAUCUUUGGAUCUGAAAGACGUUGGGAAACAUCCCCAACUUCUGAAAAAGUUGAUCCAUGGUUGCAACAAAGUGUUGUACCUCUAAAAAAUGUUGCAUAAAACCAGUGGUAGGAACUGCUAACUGAAAAGUUAGCUGUGCUAACCCUAAAGCAGUAGUGGAGCGCUAAGGCACUACACUAACACAGUAUGUAGCGGAAGCUAAUGCUAAAAUUGCUCAACUGUCAAUAACAAGAACUUCAACACAGAUGUUGAACUUUAUUCAACUGAGUUUACAAAACACCAAGUAAAUUAAUGUUUUCAAAGUUAGCUAAAGUGCUAAGCUAAAGAUUAGCUCCUCUAUUAGCAGAAGUUUGUCCACCUCUGUAUAAAACAGGCAUGAGGGCCGAGUGCAGAGACACCAGCUGCGUUUGAAUAUUGCUGUUGUGUAAAUGAUUGUGUUUACACGGGGGACCAGCAGGGGGCGCUAUAAAAACAGACUCUGCUCUGCAUCAGGAGCUCCAGCUCCUUUCUGCUGGUUCACAAACAUUCAACUUGUAAUUAUGGCAACUUUUGUCAGUUUCAUGUCUUUAAACAAUCAAUAAAAAGCAUCUUAACUCUGUAUGUAGACGUACUGAAACUAGAACAUACCACAGGUAGAAACUUUAUUAUAAUACAUUUAAUAUAAAGAUAUGACCUCAUGUUUCUGUGUGGUUGUUUGUUAGGAUUGCUUUGGUUUAAGUUCAUUUCUGUUUUAUUUCAUUCAUUUUAUUCUUGGAUGUUUUGAGUUUGUAGUGAAAUGUUUGGAGUUCAGUUCAUGAUCCUCUGGGUUCCUCCUGGUGACGGCUGCCUGUAAACCACAUCAGUCAGACACUCUGCAGGUUUCUCUUCUGCUUUCAUGUAUUUCAUGUCUGUACUUUAAUAAAACAGAGAAAAUGUUUUGGCUUCA